UCCGCCUCCGCCGCCAUGGAAGCGCCGGGCUCCCCCUACGCCUCCUCGCCGGAGUCCGCCCCCAAGCGCGCCCCCCGCACCUCCCCCCCGCCCCCACAGCACCCGCCCUCCUCUGAAGAUGACAAGGAGAAGCCAACCCAUCUGAGGUUUCUGGUGUCUAACACGGCAGCAGGAUGUAUUAUUGGCAAGGGUGGUUCAACCAUUAAUGAUUUUCAGUCUCAGUCUGGGGCUCGUAUCCAGUUAUCACGUAGCCAUGAGUUUUUCCCUGGUACAAAUGACAGAAUUAUCAUGGUUUCUGGGCUGUUUGAUGAAGUAAUAAAGGCCAUGGAGCUGAUUCUUGAGAAGCUUUUAGCUGAGGGGGAAGAAUUCAAUGAAGCUGAAGCUAGACCUAAAGUUAGGCUUGUAGUUCCUAACAGUUCUUGCGGUGGAAUCAUUGGUAAAGGAGGGGCAACAAUCAAGUCUUUCAUUGAAGACUCACAUGCUGGAAUUAAGAUUUCACCUCAGGAUAACAAUUUUGUUGGUUUGCAUGAUAGACUAGUUACUGUCACAGGACCCUUGGACCAUCAGAUGCGUGCAAUUUAUUUGAUAUUAAGCAAGUUAUCGGAGGAUGUGCAUUACCCACCAAAUUUAAGUUCCCCGUUUCCAUAUGCAGGCCUUAGUUUCCCAAGUUACCCUGGUGUUCCUGUAGGGUACAUGAUCCCCCAGGUGCCAUAUAAUAAUCCUGUCAACUAUGGACCUAAUAAUAAUGGGUAUGGAGGAAGGUACCAAAACAACAAGCCCAGUACACCUAUGAGAUCGCCUGCUAACAACGAUGCCCAAGAUUCGCUCACUAUUGGUAUUGCCGAUGAACAUAUUGGUGCUGUUGUAGGACGUGCUGGAAGGAACAUUACAGAGAUCAUUCAGGCUAGUGGUGCCAGGAUCAAGAUAUCAGAUAGGGGUGACUUCAUAGCUGGCACAUCUGACAGGAAAGUGACGAUAACCGGAACAUCUGAAGCUAUUCAGGCAGCUGAGUCUAUGAUAAUGCAGAGGGUGUCGGCCAGUUCUGAGAGGUGAUAAAGAUCUCGUGAAGACGAGGGGCAUCAUCUGAUGGAGAAUGUCUGAUGCCAAAUUAGGAGAGAUGGAGAUUGUGUUUUCUAGUUUUAGCAGUAUCUGCAAAGCUUGAGAAAAAAUUUUUAAGAUAUCUAUUGUUCCUUAUUUAGUCCGAUUGAGUCUUAGUAACUUAGUGGUCAACCAGCUGUUCUAUUUAUUUCUUAUUUUUGUUCGGAAUAGGAUUAUAUUUCACCAUGUUUGGCUGUUGUCAUAACUCAAACAACACUGGCGUGCUACCCUAGUUUUGAUAAUUGUGAUCCUAGGUUAUCCUUGACCUCUUGGUGGC